CACGUCUCUGUGUGUGUGUGAGCCUCGGCGCUGUGUGGGUGUCAGUUGGUUCUCGCGCGCGACGCACCAUUGUUGUUUGCAGUAGACUCGCGGCGUUCGUCCGGCCACGGCCUUUAUACGCUCCUACCAAAACUGCCGGUAAACAAAAUAAUGAGUGUACAACAUAACGUGCAUCGCGAGUGCAACAAGCUGUGUGUGAUAAGAAUGUAAUAGGUGUUGUGUUUAAACGGUGUGCGUUUUUGAACGUGUUUUGGAGUUUGGCGUGUGGAUAACGCCAUGCCCGUGUUUAGAUGUAACUCAGAGCAAAACCAGACGGAACACCUCAGCUUUAGCAUUUUAAGUUCAACUUGACAUAAGUUAUCUGUGAUCUCACUUAGUUAUUAGAACUGUCGCCUAAAUAGAAUAAGUCGGACAAUUGUCAGAUGUAAAUUUUUUUGGUGAAGAAUAAAAGUUCACGUUGUAUAUUGGAUAUCAUGGGAUCAUGAAGUCAUGGAUGACAGAUAGUAUGAGUUGUUGAAGGAUGGGAUAAUGGAAGUAGGGGCGUUAGGUUGUUGAAGAUGCCGCAUGCGCACUCGAGUUCAGCGGCGAGCUCGGGCGGCGACGACCUGGGCUCCACGGACGAGGUCAAAGUAUUCAAGGACGAAGGAGACGAAGACGAGAAACGCAGCUCGGAGAACCUUCUAGAAGAGAAGUCUAGUCUUAUAGACUGGACCGAGAGUGAGGACAAGUCUGGCGAGCCUUACUCCGGCAAGUUAUCGGUGAAGUCCGAUCUUAGUCCUGUUUUUGGUAAAUUCGAACCGCACCCAGCGGCCGGCUUCAACAUGGGAUACCUCAUGGCGCCGUACCCCUACCCCAAUGGGGGAGCUCACCCCCUACCCGUGUCCAUGACGGGUAAAAUGGGUCUACCAGCUGGAGGCAGCCUCUCCUUAUUCUGUCCCGGAGGAGACCUGGGCCAACCUCCACCAGCACACAUGGGCAUCCCCCCUCCAUACCAGCUCGAUUCAAAAUUAGCGGCCGGUCUGGCUCGUACGCCAAUGUACACCUUCCCCGGGGGAACGUAUCCCUAUCCCAUGCUCAGUCCCGAGAUGUCGCAAGUGGCUUCCUGGCAUACUCCCAGUAUGUAUCCGAUAUCAUCAGCGGCCAGUGGAUUCCGCAGUCCAUACCCUACCACGCUGCCAAUCAGCACAUCUAGUCUGUCAAGCGAGCUGUACCGGUUUUCACCGACCUUGGGCGGGAGUCUGGGUUUGGGUUUGAGUCCAGCUCUGGUGCCGCCGCCCCCAUCAAAGAGUGAUCUCUUCACUCAUCAUUCGAGGUCACAGGACAAGGGCACGAGUAGUAGUAGCGUGUCUGAUAAACAGUCGGACAGUUCUAAUAGUAAGGAACAGAACAAGAAGCCGCACAUCAAGAAGCCGUUGAAUGCCUUCAUGUUGUACAUGAAGGAGAUGAGGGCGAAGGUGGUCGCGGAGUGCACCCUCAAGGAGUCGGCGGCCAUCAACCAGAUACUGGGAAGACGGUGGCAUUCCUUGAGCCGCGAGGAGCAGGCAAAGUACUAUGAGAAAGCGAGACAGGAGAGACAGCUCCAUAUGCAGCUGUACCCGGGCUGGAGCGCCAGAGACAACUACGGUUACGGUUCCAAAAAGAAAAAGAGAAAAAAGGACCGCGGUCCAGCCGAACUGGGAGGGAAUAAUUUGAAGAAAUGCCGUGCGAGGUAUGGCCUGGAUCAACAGAACCAGUGGUGUAAACCUUGCAGGCGGAAGAAAAAGUGCGUCCGUUACAUGGAAGCCCUAGCGGCGGCUACGGGGACGGUCAGCCUGCCGAUGGCGACUCCGCAGUCCCCGUGUUCCGAUGAGGACGUGAAGCUGGAGGAGCUCUCGGACGCCUCCAGUGACGAGGCAGACACGCCUCUCACCUCCGCCUCGAGCCCGGGGGGCUUGAGCGCCCUGUCCUCUCUGGCGUCGCCGGCCUCUGACCCUCCACCGCCACCUCGCAACCCCGUGGGCACUAACCCCCGCGACGCCAAUAACCCCCUCUCCGUGGGUCAGCUGACCUCCCAGUCGUGGCCCCGAGCCGCCCAGCCGAGGCCCGGACACGAGGUCAUCUCCGUGUCAUAGUGACGGCGCACGUCCGUCGCCCGCGCUAGCACGGACGAGACUGAAACGAAACGGCGACAGUUUAUAAAAUUUGAAUUUCGAACCUCGUUGUAUUCUAAAACGAUUUCGACUCUUUAUGGACACUCCGAUGACGUCACUCGACCCGUAUCCUCGUUCGGAUUUCGGUUCUCAUUUAGACUGGAAUCAAAGCUCGUCAUACAACGCACGGAGUCGUGAUCGUGUUAUGAUAUAACCAGUGUACGGUUGGUGUUAAAGACAACAGUGUUUGCGGAAAAUAAUGACCGUAGUGACAUCUAUCGAUUUAGUGAGGAACGUUUAGCGCCAUCUAGUUGGCGGGUUCGGAAUCAGGUCGUGGUUGUGAUAUUCAAGGUACCGGUGACAGACCGACAGACAUAUAGAGCUCUAUCGGGUGCUAAUAACACGGGUUGUAGGACGGGCCUGAGGAACACCGACAUCCGACCGAGUCAGAAUCGAUACAAGUACUAACAUAUUAUUAUAGGCCUAAUGCAUUUACAUCACCGGAUGUCCGGUGUGCCUCACACCCGCCCGUUCUGUGAAUUUGUAUAAUACUUUUAAAUAUAUAUCAUCAAUAGUAGCUCCCGAGCUGAUCAUAACUAAUCAAUACAUUGAUCUCAACACUGUGAAGCCGCGAGUCGCGUGCUCGUGUCGCCGAGCGCUCGCAGCCACUAGUCGCAGUCUGUGCCAUCGCCGACUCAUUCACCUUCAUAUUAAUAGAUUAACUCACAGUCACGUAACUUCUUUCUGUGCCUUUGAAUGUAUUCAGUGUUUUAUCUAUGGACUCGGCGAUCGUUGGAAACUCGCCUCUAUCGCUCUCUCAAUACGGAUUCUAAUCUGAUUUCUCGACGGCCGCAGCGGAAGGUUCCAUGUAAUGUUAGCAUUUUUUAUUUUUAGUUGUAAACACCCUUCGCCGGCGUGUAAAGUAUUUUUGUUUAAGUUACGGCGGGGGGGUUGCGUUUUUCCGUUGUGCGGAAUUAAUUAGACUGUCUUAGAUUAGAUUAGUCGAGUUUACGAGUUAUGAUGUGACAAACGAAAUAUUCCAUUAACGAAGCACAGUACGGUCGGCGCGGGCCGGCGCGGGCCGGUGCGGGCCGGCCGCGUAUACAGGCGGUGUUGUAUAAAGUCUUAGUUAUAUUCUAACUGUGUCAUAUUAGGUCCUAAGUGUAUUAUUCUACUUGCAUAUACAUUAUACAUUAUUGAUAUAAAAAAGAUGUUUAAAAAUAUUAGUCGAACGACGAGAGGAUACUGCAUGAUACAUAUCUGACGUAAGUUAUUGUGAACCGACGACCCUGAGCGUGCGCUCGUAUGUAAAUAAAUCUAUAAAAUCGCGGAAUUAUUUAGAGACUUUUUUUUUAUGAUGAAAAAAAAAAGCUAUGAUUGCAUUUAUUAUUAUAACGAUAAAGAUUAGUUCACACGGACGUUCCCGGAUGGUUUGUUUUAGUCCAACAGGCUCUUUUUGUUGUUUUAUUGUUAUUAUUAAGAAUUUUAACGUUGUUAAAUGCAAUGUCGAACCACGCAUGGCUUACAGCGACGAGUGACUCCAGUAUGACUACUGACGGAACAUUGUUUAUCCGAAUGAUUUUAUUUAUGUAACGCACUGAUCCAACACGAGCUACAAUACCUUCGACGAUAAUCAUAUUAAUUAAGGUGUGAUUUUGCAUGAAAACUUGUGCAAUACUGAAAUAUUAUGGGUACUGUAUAGUUGAGUAAAUAUAAAUUAGAUUCUCCGUAAAUUUGUUUUAAGGCUAUACAUUUAUAUGGGAUUCGAUUGUGUUCUAAAUUGUUUAUUAUUAUUAUUAUUAUAUAUUUUUUUUAAUUUUCAAACCGUCUGCUUUCUCUGAGCGGAAGUGCCAAACCAUCUCAGAAGCAGCGGCCGCGGGGUGAACGGGCAGUAAACUCUUCAUAUAAUCUGUGCCAAAUUGAACUUGUAACCGGUAUGUUUGGAUACCUAAUACCUCUGAAAGGUCUUUAUGUUGAUAGAUUUUAUAGGUUGUUUUUAUUGUUAAGAUGGUAAAGACAAGGCUCUUGCUAAAGCUAGUUAUUAUUAUUAUUAUUUUUUUUUUUGUAGGAAAAAAAAUUGUCAAAUUAGAAAACUCAAUUAUUAGGUCUGGACCCGUGUCUUGUGUUCAGUUAAAUGAAUAUUAUUUUAAUAAACAGCAUAAAAUUGUA